UAGAUAGCAAGUGCAUAAUCAUUAUUGAUCAAAACAGUUCCCACCCCCAUAGAAUGCUUCUCAUAGUCUUCUCCAUCUUGUUCCUAUUACUUCUCCAGACCCUAUGGCACUUAACUUCCACAAAAGGCAAAAACUCACCCCCUUCCCCUCCAAAGUUUCCCAUAAUAGGAAACCUCCACCAACUGGGCUCCCAUCCCCACCGCACCCUCCGAUCUCUGGCCCAAAAGCACGGCCCAUUAAUGCUUCUCCACCUCGGGAGGGUCCCACUUGUGGUCAUCUCAUCAGCCGACGCCGCACGUGCGGUCAUGAAAACCCACGACCGCCUCUUCUCGGACAGACCGCACAGUAAAAUGUUCGACAUCCUCUUGUACGGCUCAAACGACGUCGCUUCGGCGCCGUACGGAGAGUACUGGAGGCAAAUGAGGAGCAUCUCCGUGUUGCACCUUCUCAGCGCCAAAAGGGUUCGAUCCUUUCGCGCGGUGAGAGAAGAGGAAGUGGAAGCCACCAUGGACAACAUUCGACACUCUUGUUCCUCCGGUUCGACGUUGCUGAACUUGAGCGAAACGUUGUCUAGGGUUACCAACAACGUAGUUUGUCGCGUUGCUUUGGGGAGAACGUACGGUGGAGAACGUGGGAGGGGGUUUAAGAGGUUGUUGGAGGAGUUUACGGAGUUGCUUGGGAGCUUUGUUGUUGGGGACUACGUGCCUUGGCUUGAGUUCUUAGAUAGGGUUUCUGGGUUGCAUGGUACAGCAAAAAGAGUGGCUCAAGAGUUUGAUGAGUUUUUGCAUGAGGUUAUUGAAGAGCAUGUGAGUGGUCUUGGAGGAACCGACAUGGAACAUGGCAAUUUUGUGGAGGUUUUGCUUCGGAUCCAAAGGACAAAUGAUGUUGGCUUUCCUAUAGACAGGACUGUCAUCAAGGCUAUUAUAUUGGAUAUGUUUGCAGCAGGCACAGACACUACAUCAACCCUCUUAGAGUGGACAAUGACAGAACUCUUAAGACAUCCAAUUGUAAUGAAGAAAUUGCAAGACGAAGGUAAGAGUGUGGCUGGUGACAAAAAGCACAUAACUGAAGAGGACUUAGGUCACAUGCAAUACUUAAAGGCAGUGGUUAAAGAAACUCUAAGAUUACACCCUCCAGUCCCAUUACUACUCCCACGACAAAGCAUGGAAGACAUCAAAUUGAAUGAUUACCACAUUGAAGCUGGCACACGAGUAAUUGUAAAUGCUUGGGCAAUUGCAAGAGAUCCUAUGUAUUGGGAUCAACCUGAAGAAUUCAAACCUGAGAGAUUCUUAAAUAGUUCAAUAGAUGUAAAAGGAAAUGACUUCCAAUUGAUCCCAUUUGGAGCAGGGAGAAGGGGGUGCCCAGGAACAAUGUUUGCUAUGAUGGUGAAUGAACUUGUGCUAGCCAACCUUGUCCAUCAAUUUGAUUGGGCAUUACCAAGUGGGGAUAACACAUUGGACAUGUCUGAAACAAUUGGUUUGACUAUGCAAAGAAAAAUUCCCCUCAUGGCGGUUGCAGUCCCAAAUUAAAUAAGAAGUAGUGAAGGGGUAAAUGUUUAAUUUAUAUAUAAGUACAAAAAGAUUUUAAUUUAGACAAAAAUAAUUAGAUUUGACUAUUUUAUUUGUUAAAAUUUCAUAUCGUUCUAGUCAUUGAUAUAACAUGACGAUAAGUUAAAUAAUGUUUUACAUCAAUAAUGUUGAGAGCUUAGAGAGGCUAUACUAAAAAAGAAUACUUGUUUUGC